CCUCCUACUCCUCCUUUCUCCUCGGUGUAAUGCAAACCUCGUGAUCAUCCAUUCAGCGGUGACUAAUAAGCCGACUAGGCGAGGGCCAGGCAAGCCAAAAGUAUCUAGGAGGCGGACAGGUGUCGCGGAAGUUUACACUUGCAGAGGCGCAUCCCUCCGCGUCUUUUUGUCAUUAUCUGGGAUAACGCGAAAGAGACUGUAACUGGCGGUCAUCCGGCACCCACUGAUCCUGUGGUUGUCUCAGCCUCGACCCCCAGAGCAGCCCCCUCGUCCUCACCUCUUGGACCAGCAGCUCAGCGUGGCGAGGCCAGGGAAGAUGGGCCGGAAACUGGACCUUUCAGGCCUGACUGACGAUGAGGCGGAGCACAUCUUGAAAGUUGUCCAGCGAGACAUGAAGCUGCGAAAGAAAGAGGAAGAGAGGCUGAGUGAGAUGAAGCAGGAGCUGGCAGAGGAAGGCAGCAGAUGCUCCAUCCUCUCCAAGCAGCACCGCUUCAACGAGCACUGCUGCAUCCGCUGCUGCGCGCCCUUCACCUUCCUGAUAAACCCCAAGCGCCUGUGCCUAGACUGCCAGUACAACGUCUGCAAGACCUGCUGCUCCUACAACAAGAGGGACAAAGCCUGGCUCUGCUCUGCAUGCCAGAAGGGCAGGGUUUUAAGGACACAGUCACUUGAAUGGUAUUAUAACAAUGUGAAGAGUCGCUUCAAGAGGUUCGGCAGCGCCAAGGUUUUGAAGACUUUGUACAGAAAACACAUUAUAGAGAGAGGAGCGUUCUCUGAUCUCCCAGAAAGCAGUGUUCACGAGGGAAGCAACGACAACGAUGGCAGCGUCUGUGGCAGCGACUCCGCCUUCUACAAACAGAGUGAAGGACACAGUAUGGCAGAGACGCUCACAGUUGCCCUGCGUGUUGCUGAGGAGGCUAUAGAGGAGGCCAUCGCUAAGGCAGAGGAGUUUGGCGACAGCUUGGAAAAGCAGAAUGAGGCUCGGUAUCUGCAGGACCACAAAGAGGAGCUCAUAGAAGAACUCGCCACAACAAUUGUACAAAAAAUCAUCCAGAGGAGGAGGCGUUCAGAGAUGCAGACAGAGUAUGACUCUGUCUGGCCUCAGCCUCAGUCCCUGAUCCAGUCCAGUGACCUCCCCUCUCCGUCUCAGCCUCAAGCAUCUACCCAAGGACCGCAGGACCCCCUCAAGACCUCAAACUCCCUCUGGCGGUCGCGGUCCGCGUUCUCCCUCACCAGUGACGACUCCCCGGAGAAGGGUACAGACGAGGAGGGGGCCGGGGCAGGAGGCGGCUUGCAGGAAUACGCUUCUCUCAAGAGAGAGGGCAAGGCCACAUCUCUACCCACCUGGAAGAGUGUUGACCGCCUGGACAACUCCAGCGCAUCCUCAGUGCUCCAGAGCCCAGACGGUAACUGGAUCGCUCUGCAUAGCUCACAGAUGUCCCGGCCCAGCCUGCUAACCAAGAGGAAGAGCCUGGUGUUCAGCGUGUUGGAAAAGGAGUCCGGCGUCGUGUCGGCUUACGAUGAGAUGGGAUCUGACUCUGAGGAGGACGACAAAGGCGGCUGGGGUGCAGCGUUGCGACAGUUUCGGCGGAAACUCUCCGACGAGACUUACUACACAGACUCGCAGCACGACCCGGAGUGGACGUACACCCAGCACCUUCCAAUUACCUCGCCGUCCUCUGGCCAGUACACCAACACAGAGACUCUCAACUCCGACUCAGAGGCCUCAUCAGUGCUGUCCGCAAGUCCUCGCAAACCGCCUCACAACCUGCUGAGGAAGAAAGGACCGCCGGAAACACACCUGCACCCUCAUCACCAGCCGCUCUACCAACAAGACCUUCACCAGAACCCAUCUCCCUAUCGACUCCACUCAGAGGCACUGGAUGUCAACUUUAACCCUAAGGUGAUGGGAGACAGCAGUGAGGCGGAGGAGAGGCAGAGCGACCCGAUCAGAAGAUCACGGCGACGCAGGAAAAGCAAGAGAGAGUCGUCAACAGAGCAGAGCAAAGCUGGAGGCCAGAGCCACACACAGUCCAUCUACCCAUUUGUACAGGAGAAUAGUGGUUUUUUACUCAACACCCUUCUGAAGAGGGGUCUAAGUGAGGAACAGUCAGAACCUAACACUACGCCAACGGCCACAACUGCACCAGACACCUUCAAAUUAGACACCGUGACACCCGAGCCGGGUGACUUGGACACAGUGGCCCCGAAUUCAGCAGCACUGAGCCCUCCACAGCCCCACACUCUGGCUCCGGCGUCCCAGCAAUCACCCUUUAGCUCAGGGCCUGGAGACCCUCUGGAAGAGGAGCUAAGAUCCAGACUCAGCCAGCUGGUCAGCCGUGCUAACAGCAAAGACAGCAGCUCAUCUGAGGAGGAGUGCACAAAGCAGACCGAUAAAGAAAGUGACAGACAGAGAGAGAAGACGAGGCCAAAAGACACUGAAAGAGAAAGGCAGAAGGGAAGUGACGGGUUAAGAGUCAGGACCGGCAGUAAAGAAAGAGAGAAAGUGUGUGAAACAGUGGAACAAGUGAAUGGACAAGUGGUGAAAAGAAGUGAGAGACUAAUAAAGAGUCCUUCAGUUAGAGAGGAUGGGAGAGGCAGGGAGAGGCGGUUAGAGAUGGGAGAAGAAUGCUUGGAAGUGAAUGUAGGUGACCGCGAGAAAAAGAGGGGGGGUAACAGAGAGCCAAACAGACAAAGUAAGAGACAACAUAAAAGAGAUAUGGCGAAAGCAGCAGGACAGAAAGGAGGAGUAAGAAGGAGUGGAUCCAGCACAAGUUCACCUGCUAUUACACCUUCUUCUCAGGAGAGGGCGCUGUCAGACAACCAGGAGGGACAGAAUGACUUGGAGCAACAGCAGAGGCUUCAGUUGCUCUCCUCACUCUUACAGCAGCAGAAGUACUCGGCGGCCUCUCUCUGCAGCAUCACCACCGAGGUGCUGAAGGUUUUGAACGCUACAGAGGACCUGAUCGGUGAGGCAGGGGGUGAGAGCCACAUCCCAUCUGAGUCCAUGAGUGCUUCUCCCAUUUCCAACAGCUCGGAGACCCGCAGGCUGGACCAGAGGCUGACCAAGAUGGAGGAGAAUGUGUACCUGGCUGCUGGUGCUGUGUAUGGGCUGGAGGGGGCGCUGGGGGAUCUGGAGCAGUGUGCCCGCAGUAUUGAGAGUGGCACCACAGACAUGGAGCUGGCCUUCCUGGAGGACCAGGUGGCCACCGCAGCUGCUCAGGUUCAGCAGUCUGAGCUACAGAUUUCAAACAUUGAGGCCAGGAUAUCAGCGCUGAAAACCGCUGGGUUGAAUGUGACUGUCUGCAAUCACUUCUCCAAGAUCAAACCAAAGGCUAAGCCUCAAACCCUGGACUCAUCACGCCAUCAAAGGAGGAAGCUUCCAGCCCCUCCACUUAGAGAAAAGUUGGAGCCAGAGCUACAGGUGAAAGUGUUCCGGCCAUAGUGACAGUCAGCAGGAUAACAAGUCCCUCAGGGCCACUUCAGAGCCCCAGGGACGGGGGCCCGUCUCAUCCAGUGCCUUGACCCAGUGACCCUCCAGCUGCAGGCCGAGCAGAGGCCAACACCUGCCCUGUGUGACCUACCAAGCACUCAGCCCUCAGCCAGGCACGGUACCCUGUCAGUCAAAUGCCUCACAGAAAAGAUGACUGCCUCUUUCCACUUUAUCCUCCAUUUCCUUCCUUUUAUCCUCUCCACGCACACAACAUCAAGCAAGGAGGACUCGACAGUCGGUGUCUCUGCCUUAAAAAUCUGCAAACACUUCUCAUGACCCAACUGAAAUAGAAUAUCUGUACAGACAAAAAUAACUCUCAUUUCCUUUUUCUAUCUGUUUGCAAGAGUUUUGUGAUUUACUGUACAAUGAUGUGAAAAAAAUCAUGUAAACCUUUCUGUGAUUCAGUGUCCCAAAAAGAGGCUGAGCCGUGUUUUAUACUGCAUCUUCUUAUCUCAUGAUAAGCCCCUUGAGAGCUUCCCUUUCUCGCGCGCGCACACAAACACACACACACACACACACACACACACACAGCUAUCAGAUGGGAGUCCUCAUUUGGGGAAUGAUUGUAACACCUUUCGACAUUUAACCAUUUUAAGAAUUAAUGUACUUACCAGAAAAUCAGUGUUUAAAUACGCAAAUCAUCAGGGCCGAAAAAAUAAAAUAAAAUAGCUAAAAGGCGAUAAUGGAACACAAAGCACAUGUGGGAAGUCUGUCAUUCUUACUACACAUAGUUUAAAAAAAAUUAAAGGUAUAGUUUGGGAAAAUUCUGGAGUUACAGGAGAAGAUAGAUGUUUGUAUGUUGCCUGUUGGCUUAGUUUAUCAUAAAGACUGUAAACUGGGAAAAAGAUACUUCUUCUCCUACUCCUUCUACUCCUUUUUAAAAAGGUAAAAAUAUAAGCCAAGCAGCACUUCUCAAUCUUACUGAUAUACACUAUUUUUGUUUUUGUUUUAAACUGUACAAAUAGGCAAGUAUUGUUACCUUCAUACGGAGCUAGGCUAGCUUUUUCCAUAACAGCCUUAAUGUGGAAGCUGUGGGCUUAUAAAUUGAAAUAAGUCAAAAUAAGGUUUGAAUAAUGUCUGAAUGUCAGCUCGACCGUUUGGCUCAGUAGGUUUGACAUUCAGAUUCCGUCUGACAGCCUUCCCUCUUGCAGUAUUCUUCAACCCACAGUCAUUCUCUUCCUGUCAUUUUUCUUCAUUUACUUUACUUCUAAACGUUGUGGCCUUUUAUUUGAACAAAAAAGGUAUUUUCAUGUUUCCACUUUGCAGGGUUAUGUCCGAACUUGUUGCGUUCAGAAAAUCCUAUAAAGAUUUUUACAUAAUAAAGUCUGACGGGCUAUGUGACAAAUGCCAUGAAACCAUGAUUUUGUUACAAGCAAUUUAUUUUUGUACUUACUGAACAUUUUUAUGCAAUACCACCGAAAUAAGUACUAUUGCAAAUUUAAGGCUUUAUUCUCUCCUCAAAGGAGCCCUCCUCAGUCAGUCCUAUCAGACCCUCUUAUGUGUGAUGAUUCAAAGUGCUUUCAGUGUAUGCCUGCGUUUACCAUUGGAAAUUCUGCCAGUAAAGACAAUGGUAAAUGUAACAAAAACACGGGUGACGAGGCAUUUUUUGGAGCGGCUAGUAGGAUUCAUACUGUAUUUGUACUCCUUUAACGCUAGAUUUGAGAAUACUGCCUUUCAUUUUGGGUUACUUUUCUUCACUCUGACCACGUACAUUAGUCAGAUUCUCAGUUAGCCAUGCAUACGGUUGUCAAAGGGUUUGCUCUGGCCAUGCAGCCCAAGAGCAGAGUUGAAUUACCUGAGGGACUGCUUGAGCUAAAAGGUGUGAUGAUCAUCAGUAUGAAUGCUCAGCCCCUUCUAUUAGUGACCUUUUCAUCCCAGCCUUUCAUAUCUCGGGUUUUGCACAUUGAUCCUGUACUUUUGUGAAUCUUGUUCUCACAAGGUGUCAAUGUAUAAAAGCAUGUUUCUGGUUUUAUCAAAAUUGAUGUAAAAUUCCCCAUAAAAAGCACAGCCACAAGGGUCCAAUCAUUAGUGUCCUGUAUUUUUCUAAUGUAAAAAAAUAUCUCAUCACAGAAUUUAUUAAUAUGUGUAUAUGUGUGAAAAGAUGGAUAUGAUGUAGAAUAUGUGUAUUGCCCAAUCAUAGUUGACCAAUCGUUCAGUGUUGUGUGCAAGAGACAGUGUGUUAUUGUCAUGACUUGUCGGCUGGAUUCACACAGGACGUCUAAUUUACUGAAACUGUGUCCCAGAUGCUCAGAAAUGACGAGAUUCACACAGAGCUAAAAGCAGAUCUCACUUUUGUCCCUGUUCAAAUCCAGUGUGAAUAACUAUGAUGAGGUUCACUGUGCACAGCUCCACAGGAGGGCCAUUCACUUUUAUGUGCAAUCGUUCGUUGCGAUCCAUAGGACAUGUUGGGGAAAAUAUUAACAAGCAAAAAAUACAGAUUCUCUAUGUGCCACAGUACUCUGAGACAAAAAAUGUAUUAUGAUAUGAAUAAAAUUUGCAAAC